CAAACAUGUAAACAGAAUACUAGCCAAGGCCUACAGUAAAAUAUUUCUUAUUUAUUUUGCUGUCACUGUAAAGCUAGGUAUAGUUCUUCAUAUCUGUAAAUAUACACGUGUGUGGGCGAUGGAUUUUUUUUUAUUUGCCUCAAAUAUCAAACUUUCCGAUAGAUAUCGGGAGGAAGAACAUUCCAAUUAAUAAAAUCGACUUGAGAUGGGAGCAAGCGCCUCGAUAUCUCUCUGUAGCGACUCAUCUGCUGUGAGAAUUCGGAAGCACAAUGCGAAGAUCAGCCCUGAGCCGACUGUUCCAGGCCCUGACACCAGUCCUGUCUUUGGGGUAACCCUUGAGAGGCUGAGGGAAGAUGGACAGCUUGUUUGUGGAGUGCCCCACAUGCUGCGACACAUGGUGGAUUUCCUGGACAGAAAUGGUGUGCAGCAGAGGGGUCUGUUCCGUCUGUCUGGCUCUGUGGUAAGGACCAGGCAGCUGAGGCUGAUGUGGGACAAGGGAGAGAGAAUGGAUCUGGUGGAGGAGGAUGUCUCAAUUGUGGCCUCCCUGCUGAAGCUCUUCUUCAGGGAGCUGCCCAGCCCCAUCAUACCAGAGCCUCAGCGCAAGGACCUGGUUCUCAGCCUCACAGAAUGUAAGAAUGAGGCAGAGUUGAACGCGGCUCUGAAAGAGAAACUCAGCAGCCUACCUGUCGACAACCACAGCAUCCUGUCUUACCUCCUCCACUUCCUGUCAAGGGUGGCCUCUCACAGCCAAUCAAAUCACAUGCCCGUGGAGAACCUUGCCACAGUCUUUGGACCCUGUAUAUUCCAUGUUCCAUCAGGGCCUAGGAUGCUGGAAGAGCAGAGUGUGUGUAAUGCCCUGUUGCUCCACCUCCUGAGACAUCAAUCUGUUGUCUUUAUCUGUCCCCCGGACGUUCCACACCUGCCUCCUAGCCAGGACACCCCAUCACCACCCCCACCCCUCGCAGCCCUGUCCCAUUUUGAGUCCCGGCUGCAGGAGAGUCUGGGGGGUCCUCCCAGCACCUCUCGGUCAGAGGAGAGUAACAGUGUGGGAAGGUUUGACGGAGACAGCACCACAUCAGAGACAGGAAGUCUUACUACCAACACACCCAGAAAGGCAUGGACGCCAUCUAACCUGAACAGUCCUGAGACUUUGGACAUUGGCUCGCACCUCACCACCCACACACAGCACCUGAUCCCAGACCUGUUGGAGGAUGUUUUGGAUGGAGAACCUGGCUGUGUUCUCACCUGCUCCACUUAUCCUGGACCAGCUGGGGAGCCCAGCCAAAAGGAGGAGGAGGAUCCUGGACCAGCUGAGGAGCCUAGCCAACAGGAGGAGGAGGAUCCUGGACCAGCUGAGGAGCCUAGCCAACAGGAGGAGGAGGAUCCUGGACCAGCUGAGGAGCAUAGCCAACAGGAGGAGGAGGAUCCUGGACCAGCUGAGGAGCCUAACCAACAGGAGGAGGAGGAUCCAGGACCAGCUGAGGAGCCUAGCCAACAGGAGGAGGAGGAUCUUGGACCAGCUGUGGAACUUAGCCAACAGGAGGAGGAGGAUCCUGGACCAGCUGAGGAGCCUAGCCAACAGGAGGAGGAGGAUCCUGGACCAGCUGAGGAGCCUAACAAACAGGAGGAGGAGGAUCCAGGACCAGCUGGGGAGCCUAACCAACAGGAGGAGGAGGAUCCAGGAUCAGCUGGGGAGCCUAGCCAAAAGGAGGAGGAGGAUCCUGGACCAGCUGAGGAGCCUAACCAACAGGAGGAGGAGGAUCCUGGACCAGCUGAGGAGCCUAACCAACAGGAGGAGGAGGAUCCAGGACCAGCUGGGGAGCCUAACCAACAGGAGGAGGAGGAUCCAGGACCAGCUGGGGAGCCUAGCCAAAAGGAGGAGGAGGAUCCUGGACCAGCUGAGGAGCCUAGCCAACAGGAGGAGGAGAAUCCUGGACCAGCUGUGGAACUUAGCCAACAGGAGGAGGAGAAUCCUGGACCAGCUGGGGAGCUUAGCGAACAGGAGGAGGAGGAUCUUGGACCAGCUGGGGAGCCUAGCCAACAUGAGGAGGAGAAUCCUGGAUGUCUCAGGGGAAGGACAAGGUCACAACAGGAAGAAGACCCAGCUACCUCCUCCAGCAUAAAGGAGGAAGAGGACGAAGAGAAGGAGAGGGGCACAACCCCUUUAGCCAUCUGUGGACUCAUGGACAGUAAAGAAGACUAUUGCCAGGAUCAUGACCCCUCCAGCUCUGAGCGCGUCAGGUGUGUGGCAGUGAGCUGGCAGGCUCAGGACACCCAGAACCAAGACCAGCACAAAAACAGCAUGACCGAUGGAAUAAACCUGUCUGACUCUGAAAAGAGCCCCUCCCUCAAGCAGCAAGCUCUGGAGGCUGAGCUGUGCCCCUCCCCACCCGGAACCCCUCAGGAGGACCUGGAUCACCCCCCUUGUACCAAGGACCAUCAGAACCUAACCCCAUCUCUCCACUCCCUCCCAAAACAGGAACAGGACAUCAUCAGUACCUCACUGACAGAAGCUAGUCCGGUCCAGAGGCCCUCCGUGUCUCUCUCUGAGGGCAGUAGCAGUGAGUGUCUGAUGACCCCUAGUCCCAGUCCUCUCCUUCAGCGUCUUGCAGUGGGUGACUGUCCCGUACCGUCCCCCCGCAGCCACAACCUCAACUUGGGCCAUCGCUUCAACACGGACCCUGAAACGGCCCCCUCCCCACCCUGCUCACAACACAUCAGGAUGGCUCACUACACAGUGAGGACUGAACCAGCAGAGGGCGCUAACAAGGCCCCAUCGGUCACGACGCUCAACAGACACAUCCAGAACGUGAGGAAGAGGAUCAGACGCUUCGAAGAGCACUUUGAGCAAGAGAGACAGUACAGGCCAGCAUACAAUGAUUGGACUGCCCAUCCUGAGGUGUCUAGACUGAUGCGGGACCUCAUCAAGUCUCGAAAGCAGCUCAAAGAGCUGAAGCUGAAACAGUAUGCAGAGGGGCUCAGAGAGCAGCACAAAGGGGGAAACACAGGGACAUGCAGGUCCACAAGUGAACCCAAGGGGCCGAUGGAACACUACCACAACAGUAACAACAAACCCUCACUGGAGGAGACCAUUGAUAGCCUGAUGAAGAGACUGAUGGAGAAACGAGAGGAGGAGGAACUGCCUCAUAACAUCAAGGAGAUGACUCCAGCUCAGAUGGCUGUGGAGAAGGUCACCCUGCAGAAGUGUCUGCUCUACUUUGAGAGCCUGUAUGGGCGACCGAGCAACAGACAGGAGAAGACUCUGAUGAAGCCUCUCUAUGAUCGCUACCGCCAGGUCAAACAGCAGCUCCUGUGUUCACCCACCACCAUCCCUGUCAUCACCACCAUAGAGGAAGAAGAGGGUUCUGAUGAAGAGUGUGUGAAGGACAGCACCUGGCUACCUCAUACAGCUCUACGUUGUGUGUCUUCAGAUGAGUCACUGCGUCUGCCGCAUAGUGAAGUGGCCAAUAUGCCCCUGGUGUCACCUCUGGAGGAGAUCAAAGGUCUUCAGCCGCCCAGUGUCACCACGGCAACACUGCACGAGGCAUCAAGGUCAGAGUUACUGGAGCAGCUGAGGGUGACGCGAGCUGAGAAGAAGAGACUCCGUUCAGCUCUCCGAGCCUUUGAGGACCACUUCUACACACAGACCGGCCGGGCUGCCCAGAAAGAGGACCAUGGGCCCAUGGCAGAGGAGUACUGCGAGUACAAGAACUUAAAAGCUAAACUCCGUUUGCUGGAAGUCCUGCUCAGUAAACGGGAUACUCCGAAGACUGUUUGAGCCUCCUUCACAGUGGGACUUUUAUUUUGAAACAGUUUUUUUUGGCUCACUUUAUUGGAUCAUUUUUUUUCCA